AUGAUUCCCAACCUCUCCGGUCUGCGCCCUCGAGAACCACUUCGGCACCGCCGCGGCCGGCAGCGAAGACUUCGGCGGCCUCUUCUCCGCCGACACCGACGACCAGCUCGCCCUCGAAUUCCCAACCGCUCCGCCCUAAAGAACCACUUCGGCGCCGCCGCGGCCGGCAGCGACGACUUCGGCGGCCUCUUCUCCGCCGACCAGCUCGCCCUCGAGUUCCCCACCUGCAACCACUUCGAUGGGUUCCAGCAGGCGACCAAGGAGAUGGCGAACAACAAGAAGGGGACGACCACGCUCUCCUUCAUCUCCGACAAGGCGUCAUCGUCGCCGCCGACUCCCGGGCCAGCAUGGGCGGGUACACAUGUGGUACUAUGUUUAUAA